CUGUCGGUUGAGGCGAGCCGAGAGUAAAUAGAAGCAGGAGCCCAAAAUGGCGGAGUCGCCGAGUCCUGUUCGUGGCGCGGCGUCAGUCGAGCAGGAGCCGUUCGGCGGCAGGCCGGCCCCGGACGCGAAGGUCUCCCGUGGGUCCCAGCCAGCCGCCAAGAAGAUGAAGGGAGCCGAUGAGAGGAGUCUGAAGGGCACUAAGCGCGUCAACGGUGAAGGGGGCGGUGGUGGUGGCGGCAACGGCGGGAGCGGCAAGCAGUCGCUGCCGGCGGUCGUGCCGAGCUACAGCAGCCCCGCAGCGUGGGGCUUCCCCGCGCUUCCUUCUGGCCCCUCCGGGAGCGCGGGGGGCUUCGUUUUCCCGGCUCAACUGCCCCGGAAGCUGCUGUCGCCCGCCGUUUUGCUGCCGUCGUCCGCCUCCCCCUCGUCGUCUUACCAGCAGCACCAGCACCGCCACCACCGGCACCGCCUGGCUCUGGCCGCCGAGGCGGGAGGCUGCGGUGGCGGUGGGGCGGCCGGCGCUGGGGGCGGGAGCGCCAAGCCGAAGAGGCCCAAGGAAAAGCGGGACAAGGAGAGGAGGAAGCACGGGGCCCUGCCCAUGGUCGCGGCGGUGGGAGAUGGCGGCGGGGGCCUGAGCGCGGCGGGGCGGGAGGAGAACGGAGAGGUGAAGCUGCUGCUGCCGAAAGCUCAAAUUAAAGACAAAAUUAAAGAAAGGGAAAAGAAGCAGAAGGAGAAGAAGAAGCACAAAAUAAUGAAUGAAAUGAAGAAAGAAAAUGGAGAGGUCAAAUUAUUGCAGAAAGGUGGGAAGGAGAAACCAAAAACCAAUGCGGAAGAGCUACAGAUUAAAAAAGUUAAGAAGAAAAAGAAAAAGAAACAUAAAGAGAAUGAGAAGAGGAAGCGUCCAAAAAUGUACAGCAAAUCCAUUCAGACCAUCUGCUCAGGAUUGGUUUCUGAUAUUGAGGAUCAGGAAUCCAAAGGCAUCGUAGAUGAUCAUCUUAAGGAUUUCAGUGGGAAAAAUAUGGAUCCCAAGAAGGACUGUGAGUCCAAGAUACCAGAGAACAGUGAGUUUCCAUUUGUCUCGUUAAAGGAGCCACGGGUUCAAAAUAAACUCAAAAGGUUGGACACAUUGGAGUUCAAACAACUGAUUCAUAUUGAGCACCAGCCUAACGGAGGUGCAUCAGUUAUCCAUGCCUACAGUAAUGAACUCUCCCACUUAUCUCCUGUGGAGAUGGAGAGAUUUGCAGAAGAGUUUGUGGGUCUGGUUUUUAGUGAAAAUGAAAACUGUGCAGCUUACUAUGUAAUGGGUAUUGUUCAUGGGGCAGCUACUUAUUUACCUGACUUUUUAGACUACUUUUCGUUUAAUUUUCCCAAUUCACCAGUGAAAAUGGAGAUUUUGGGAAAGAAAGAUAUAGAGACAACGACUAUGUCAAAUUUUCAUGCUCAGGUAAAAAGAACAUACUCUCAUGGUACGUAUAGAGCUGGCCCAAUGAGACAGAUCAGCCUGGUUGGAGCAGUUGAUGAGGAAGUGGGGGAUUACUUCCCUGAAUUCCUUGAUAUGUUGGAAGAAUCACCCUUCUUAAAAUGUACACUGCCAUGGGGAACACUUUCUAGUUUAAAAUUAGAGAGUCGUAAAGACAGUGAUGAUGGUCCCAUUAUGUGGGUACGUCCAGGAGAACAGAUGAUCCCUGUGGCUGACAUGCCAAAGUCACCUUUCAAAAGGAAGAGAACUACCAAUGAAAUAAAAAAUUUGCAGUACCUACCUCGAACCAGCGAACCCCGUGAAAUGCUAUUUGAAGACCGGACACGAGCCCAUGCAGAUCACAUAGGACAAGGUUUUGAACGACAGACUACAGCUGCUGUGGGAGUAUUGAAGGCUGUGCACUGUGGAGAGUGGUCUGAGCAGCCUCGUAUAACCAAAGAUGUAAUUUGUUUUCAUGCUGAAGACUUCUUAGAGGUAGUUCAGCGAAUGCAAUUAGAUUUGCAUGAGCCUCCACUCUCACAGUGUGUCCAGUGGGUUGAUGAUGCAAAACUUAAUCAACUGCGAAGGGAAGGCAUUCGAUAUGCCAGAAUUCAGUUGUUUGAUAAUGACAUUUAUUUUAUUCCAAGGAAUGUUGUGCACCAGUUCAAAACAGUUUCAGCUGUGUGCAGUUUGGCUUGGCACAUCCGGCUCAAGCUAUAUCAUUCAGAGGAAGAACUUUCUCAAAAUGCAAGUACUGUUGAAGCAGGGACCUCUGCAGACUCCAAGUCUUCGGUUAUUGGACUUCAGACUGACAGCAGAAUUUGUACGAUGAGCAAAAUUACCUCCGAAGACACCAAAUUUUCAGAAGUUCUGCCGACAAAGUAUCUGCAGCAGGAAUUUAUGCCGAUAAAACAUGAACCUGUCGCAUCUCACCGAAUAAAAGAAGAACCCGUGAAUGUUGAUCUUGCUGAAAAGACAGUGGCACCUAAUGAGGUUGGGGGCCAGAACAUUCAGACUAGAUUGGAUCAUGUUGAGUUGACGGCAUUUAAGUUGGAAGUGGAUUCUAAAUUUGAACCUGGCAACAAGGACUUACAAGGCAAGUUAUGCCCUGGAGGUCACAUACAUCCGGAUGAUACAAGACAACAUAGUUCAUCAUAUCCAAAAGUGCAUGGACAAAGAGAGGAUGAUUUUUUGUGCUAAAUUUGUAUAUAUGGUUUUAAAUUCCUUUUUAAACUUAAUGAUGUAAUAAUGUAAAGAUUCAUAAAUUCUGUGAGGCAAGUUUGUGACUUGCCUUCGCAUCUGUUACAGAAAAUAGUUAUGUAGCUUUGUAACAUUCCUCAGUGCCUGUCCAUAACUGUGAAGUAUCAAAGCACUUAGGGCCAGAUGCACUGUAAACACUGCAGGUUUAACAUAAAGAAGUCUUUAAAUAAUUUUGAGUUGUAGGUUUUAGAGUAGAGCUGACAUUUAACAUAUAUAUUUUUUGUAAGAUGAGCCAGAAUUCUUUUUGACAAUUCCAGGCUUUUCCAUAGAGCUUAUUUAUACCAAUUUUUUCAUUUUAAAUGUGUCAGCACUGUAGUUGUAAAUAUCUUUUUUAAAAAUCUUUUUAGUGUGAUUUAUACUGAAAUGUGAGCCGCUUAAUAAAGGUUCAUAAUAACAGAUUGGUUUUAUUUUUGGGUCUGCAAAAAAUAAUUCAGUUAAACUGCCUCUCUAGAUGGUUAUGUUUCUACCUGCACUAAUGCAUAGGACGAUGCCCUUACGCCGUUGUGGGGUGAGGAGCUGUAGCAAACUGAGGUAGAGCUGAGGCAUUCUUUGUAAAUCAAGAUUAGUCAGAAUGCAAAAUCAGUCCUCCCUUCACAGGAUUCCUUAGAGUUGCUCAUUAAAGGCACUCCCCAAACUCCUGCUGUCAGAUGUUCGUGUGGAACAGAGGCAAAACCUUCCCCUGUGGUGGAGGACAGUUGGACACCCAGUGGGCUCCGGGAGCGCUACCAGUGACUGCAUCUCUUGAGAUGAGCUGGUGCAAGGGAGCAAACUCCCUUCCGUGCUUGCCACUUCCACCUGCUCAAGCCACAGUUAAGACAGAUCCAUUUCACUUAAAAACCAAACACACAGCAACAACCGCCCCUCAACUUAAUCAGUUAUCUGACUAAAAUUUAAAAAGAAAAAAGUAAAUAGUUACUUGUCAAGUUACAAAGGCCUCGACGUUAGCAGUAGCCUGUAAUUCACAGAGACGCAUUUGGGUUUGAGUUGCUCCCUAUGCUGAUAGCAUCAGGCAAUAACGAUACUUGCCAGUGUGUCUGGUAGGAAGGUUCCUCAUGAGUCCCAGUUUGGAAGCAAGAGUUACUUCAUUAAGAAAAUAACAGCGGUGUCCAAGUUAACUGUUCUCUUCUUGCCCCACCUGUGGAAUGCUUUCAUUCUCUUAAGCCGUGUUCUGAGGGCAGAGGAUUUCAAGGCUAGCUAGCAUCUGAUGUAGUAAUGGCAAAAACACUGUAAUUUAACUUAUUUAAUUCUUUCUGUAACAUAUUACUGUAUAGUUCAAACACAUCUGAAUGAUAUUUCUUUUUCAGGUAGCUGCAAAUAGUAGUAAGCUGCCCUACAGCCAGUCCUUCAACUAAGUGUUUAAAAUUUAAGGUCCUGGGUCUGUUAUUAUUUCCAAAGCCCUGUGCAUCUGAUUUUUUAAAUUGUUAUUUUUGUCUUCAUUUGUAGCAAUAGAACAAUGUGAUUUCCAGGUGAUACCUAGUUCAACUACCUGAGGCCCUUUGGUUGUAAACAUUCUUUGCCUAAAAUUUGUGUUAAAAUUCAAGGUGUUACUGCAUACUUAUGCUUGGCACUAAAAUCAGCCAUUUAACAGAUGAAUGCCCUGAUAUGUUUAAAUCCAAAAUAGGUCUGUCAAGGAAUUAUUGUUUAGCAAUUCAAGUACUGAUUUAGUUAUUACUGCUACAUAGCCAUAAUUACGUAUUAGAGAAGCAAUAGAAAUAUGAAUCUCUUGGAUGUGGCUAAUAUGUCUGUGAGUCUUACUGCUAUUUUCUUUAACAUUGGCUAAGAGAUUACUACCAGUUUUGCAGCCUCAGGGAUCUUGCUUUCCCCUCACGCCAUGAGCAAAUGAUUCAUGUGUGACAUGGUAAGUUAUUACUCUGGCAGAUUCUGAAUUGAAAAAUUAACUGGUUCAUGUAAGAAUUUGAGCCUUCCCGAUAGCAGUGGUCUCGGCUCCCUUUGUUUUUUGGAUUAUCUGGAAACUUCCACCCAUAAUCUCUUUGGCUUUAUGAACAUCCAUACACAAUUAUGUAACCUUCCAUUCCCGCUCUCUGUGCCAGCCGUUGGAGAACAGUGAAAGAGAAGAGCUGCAGGUUGUAGGUUGUACCAAACAUGCAGCUUUCCAAGGGGGCUAGCAGAAGGCUCCAGCUUUAUCAAACCCAGCCACGCCAGAUACAGCUGUUCUUUAAAAAAAGCAAAAACGAAAACCUCAACUAUUUAGUUGGGGGGGGAGGAAAAAAAAAAUUUUGUAUGCUGGUGAUCCGUAUGCUGAUCAUUCUGGUUCAAGUAUUUUUUUUUUUAAUCUGUCAGAUUUUAGUGAAGUGUACACAUCCCCUUUGACAGCACACAACUUUCUGCAUCGUAGGCCCUGUCCAGACUGAAGAAAUAAAUCUUUAAAAAUGAUUUAGCAAACAUAACUUUACACUUAAGAGUAGAACUUUGUUCCCUUUUGAAGACAUGCUCGGUGGUCUUGGCUGAUACGGCCUCAAACUUCUGCUCAGGUAUGCCUUGGUUCUGAAAUUUUGUUUCUAAAUUGCCUGCAUCUUCAACUCAGUUUUUUCUGUUUUUUUAAUCAGAUUCAGAAUUUUAAGAGAUUAAAAAAAGUGGAAGUUUUUGCAAUCUUUAUGCAUCCUUUAUUUUUGAUUUUUGAGACAGACUAGAUUCUCAUUUUUAGACAGAAUUCCUUGCAGACGGAAUAUGAACAAUACUGGGAUUACCAAUGGCUGUCAGAAAACUCCCUUUGUAUUCAAAGGUGUAAACAGUCCGUGUCAACUGGCUGUAUUAGUGUAUACUUCUUGCCUUGCUUUUUUUCUUAAAAAAAAAAAAAAAAAAAAAAAAAAAAGUUUUUUGUCCUCGACCUGUGGUGUAUUCAUUUUGAUGCGGUUUCUCUUUAAGAGAGGAGUACCUUUUCUGAGAAUUUCAGCUCCCAAAAUGUUCAUUAGUCCGACAAAGGUCUUGCUUUGGUUUCAAGUGGUCCUAUGCUCUAACUUUUAAUCCUGCUACGUACAACUUCAUAUUCAGACUUUUGCUUCAGCAAUAAAUCUUUCAUGCCUUCUGAUGUACUGAAACUAGUCUUUGCUUAUUACUUCUGGCCCCCGUCUCCCCCCCUCGAAUUUCAGUUAUAUAUAAAUCUUCCUGUUAUUUCAGCUGAAAUCUCCAGUGUUUUAGCUGUCUCUCUUGGCCCUUGUUGUUCUGCAGAUUGGAAAAAUCUGCUUUAGGCCCAUUGCCUGUACUGCAGUGGUAUUGACAUCUGUGCGUUUGCAGUUAAUGACAUGAUGUGCAGAAAUUUAGACGUGUUUUCCUAGGUACUGGUACCAUAUUUGUGGGUAGCAAAGAAUUGCAUUGUUACUGUCACUACCAAUAGCUUUCAAGAUGGUAGUUUUCUUUUUUUUUUUUUUUUUUUAAAUUACUAGAUCUUUUGCAUUUCACUGGCAACUGACUUCAUGUGUUACAUACAAGUGUUACUCAGUGUUGUAUCACCCCCCAGCCCUCCAAAUGCCUGCAAAUUGACUCUGAAACAGCAUUUUCAUUACAGGUACUGCCGGCAUGCAGAUUUUCCCUUCCUUGUUACUAUAGUGAAUAUUUCAAUACUUCUUUAACUGAAAUAUUAAUUCUAUCUAGUAUUAGAAAUAGAGUAUUAUUUCAGAGGGUAAUGAUUUAAGUAUUCAUCUGUGAAAGAAUUCCUUGGUGAUAAAUAAAAUUGAUUUUUAAGCAGAUAUGUAUGUGCACAGUAAAUAAGUUGGCAUUGCAAAUGAUGUAGGAAAUGGAAACAUAAAAUAGUAGAAUGCUGUGAAACAGAUCUGAACAUUACAUAUUUGGAAAAUUUAAUAAGUCUUCCAAGAAACAUGGGAUUGGUAUUCAUUGAUCAAAAUGACUGUUUUCUAAUACCUGCAUGUGAGUAAGGAUGCUGAAUUGAUUGAAAUAAAUCCAUGUUUUCUCCAUGCUCAUUGGCAAAAUGAACUGUUGUGAGACGGUAGGCUGCCACCUGACCCUACUAGUAUGAAAACUGUACUAAUUCUGAUCAAGAGAUAAAAGAACUUUGCAGGCUUCUCAAGUGUAAUUUUAUUAAUUUUUUUCUAGUGGUCAAAUAUGUAGAGAACCUUGUCUUUGGGCAGACCAGUGCUUGUUACCUGACUGUGGAUGUAAACAAGUUGGAAAUGGACAAAUUCCCACUGAUCUGUGCUUCGCUGUGAAUGACAUUGUUGAGAAUGUUUUCUUUGAUUGUGAGCACUGUGUUCAACUGAUAUUUUACUACUUUCUCAAACGGAUGAAAUGCACUUUAAAAACUGUAUAAUAGGUGAUAGUGAUAUUUUGUGCAGAUCCCACUGAAUUUGCUGCGUACAUGGGAAAAUUUGGGAAAACUGAUUCCCAUCAGUCACUCAUUUUAUUUUUCUUAGAAAUGCCAAUUAUUUUGUGUUCUGUUCAGAAGCAGUGAUUAACUUCACGAUAUUUAGGUUGCUAUUUCUAUUAGAAUCAUCAGGGAUACUGACUUUGCGAAUUUAGUGUAUUAUAUUCUAACCACUGUUUUUCUCUGUGCUAUGAUGCUAAUAUUUCCUCUGCUUCAGAGCCGUGCUGUACUUGAGUGCCAGCUAAACACUGAUCUUCUCAUGUUCUGGUCAUGCUGAUAGAUGAGCCUACUGAUGAGGGCAUUAGUCCUAAAUAGUCCUUUAAUAUUUGGUGUACAGUUAUGAUAAUCUAAUACAAAUAUUGAUUAAAACAGCAGUUUAAACUUCUAUUUUUAUCAAGUUUGAUUUGUCAAUAAGUAUUUUGAUGUUUUCUUUACCAGUCCAUUUCCAAUCUAUCCAAAUGAAAGUGCAAUGUAUGGUAGAGCUAAGGCCUGUGUUGUAAGAACUGUGCUUUUUAUGGCACCAUUUUUAUCUGGUUGUCUCAAGACAAAAUAGCUGAGAAAGCUACUUCUUAAGUCUCUCAAGAAGAUGACCUUGAGAAUUAGAGCUGUGUGGAAGACUAAUGUAACCUAAGUCAAGACUGCUAUGUCAUAAGCAAGGAAUAACACUCAGGUAUUUGUCUGUCUAAUCAAUGCAGCUGAGAACUUUUGUUAAUCUCAGAAAUGAAGUUUUGGGACUAAAAAACAUAUUUUAGCAGCGAUUUCUUUAUAAACUCCAAAAGGAAGACUGAGAUAAAACUAACACAGAUAAACUUAAGAUUGGGUUCUCCUUUCUUGCCCUUAUGCUGACGCUCUGUGCUAUAUGAAGACUUGUCUUACAUUUGCCUGCUUGUGAUGCUGGUUUUAUUAGAAAAGGCAGACUGAAGGAAAUACUGUUACCGAGGUGCAGAUUUUUCCACUCUUUAUCCAACUUCAGUACAAGGAAAAAAUGUUGAUUUACUAUUGAAUAGUACCAUAGAGAUUCAACUGCAGUGAUUCCUUAAAUUGCCUUAGUCCACAAAAGCCUGAUGCUUUUCAGCAGCAAGUUGAUACCCGGCCCUGUUCAGGUAUAAAAGGUUCAUAUUGGAGACUAACUUCAUCCAAACCUCAAAACAGUAAAGGUCCAAUGAAAAGGUACACCCCUUUUCCGACUUGGCGUAGUUCUUUUUACCUCAAUCUUAAUUACAAAAAAAAAAAAAAAAAAAAAAACGUGUUACAUGAUAGUGCUAUGCUUUCUGUGAUAAUAAAUUAAAAGAGCUUCCUGAGGAUGUAGUUAUUUGGGAGCUUUAUUACUGAAAACCAAUGUGAUUUGUUCCCAAAAUGUAGUGGUGUUAAAAUAGGUAACACCUAACAUUGUUAGAAUUCUGAGAUUCUGGGAGUCUCAGAUUUCACGUUCAUCAAUACCUUUGCAUCACCCAACUUUUGAACUGGGAAAAUAUGAAAAUUUCCAUGAGGUUACUCUUAAGAUUUUGUUUCUGUACUACUGUGCAUAUAUGUCACAAAAAUAGCAGUGCUUUCAUCUCUUAAAUUGUUGUGCGACUUAGUCCUGUGGUAGCUUCUUUUUUAAUAUUGUCACCCAUGCCGAGCAGUGCAUUUUAGGUUCAUGUACACAUGUCUUUAGAGCAUUCAGGUUAAAGUUUGUUGAAGGUGAGGAUGUAUAUCACAUAAUUGUAUUUUACAAGUAUAAAAAGAACAGAAAACUGGAUACUAGUCUACAGUGGUGACAAAUGAAAAAAAGUAGUAUGACUAGGUAAUUGCAAAUGUUAGUUUCAUGACCUUUCACACGUGCAUCAAGUAUUUUCCUUAAUCUGACAAAAGCAGAUACUCACAAUUUGUUCAAACUUGUAUAAAGUAGAUCAUAUAUCUCCAUAUACAGUAUUUAUCAAUAGGUAUGUAAUGUAUAUCAUCAAAAUAUGAUAAAUACUUCCAGUUUCAUUUCAGAACAGCAAAGCUUUUGAAUUGCAUUUCAGAUUAAGCUGCUGAAGGCAAAGCUCUCCCCUCCACACGCCCCACCAGCUGCUGUGGGUAACUGGGAUGUGUUCCUUGGUGCGCUGGGAACUCGGCUCAGUUUCCUUCUGCCCAUUUCUCACAAAUCAGUAUGAGCCGUCUCGGCAUCAACUUCACCUUUUCUCUGCCAACUUCAUCAAAUCUGCUUUUCACUCAUUUCAUUCUAUUUAAUGAAGAUCAGUCCAUCAGUCUGCAAAUUUAAGAAAAAGUGUGAGGAGAACUCAUGCCAUUUCAAAUCUGUGACCUGUGCCUUCGAGAACAGGGUAGUUACAAGUACAGGUAACAGCUUCUGGAAAGGUCACAGUGUGUUUGGUAUUGUAAGUCCUUUUGAAUGAAGUUCUGGUAUCACAAAAAAGUGAGCGUGUGUAUAAAGGGGUCAGCACAGUUUAGGUCAGUUAAGUCUGAUGCAAAAUACUAGGCCAAAAGAGAUAUUCCUCUUACCAAAGUAUCUCUGUAAGGACUAGGAACUUGCAACAAAGUUUAGCACUUCCAAAGGCUUGUGUCCUAAAGGCAUCUCAUCUUGUGCUAAAGGAAGUCAAUGUGUCUGUGACUUCUGUAGGACAGCGGAAAGAAAAGUCUGCUUCAGAUUUCAAAAUCAUUACCAUUUAUUCCAAAAUUUGUAAAACUUUAAAAAAAAAAAAAAAAAAAAAAAGGGGGGGGGGGGUGUGGGCACAAAAGACAAACCAGCAACUGCAACACUGAAAUAGUUCAUCUUUUUCUGUUGAAUUAGAGGAAGCAAUUAAAAGGAGAUUUGAAACAACUGUGUUCAAUUGUUGUUAAUUAGAGAUGCCAAACUUUCAGCCAAUUGUUGUAUCUGUGAAAUAGAAGGGGUUUAUUAAGGGGGCAGAGUCACCAUUUGUGGCCCAUCUUGCUAAUAAUAUACCCAGUCCUAAUGAGGCUAGUUCCUAUUCUUCCAUCGUUUGUUGUGUUAAGUUAUAAUGAUCUGUUAACAUCAUUGGCUUGACGGAGGAAGGCUGCUCUGUGCUUCUGAGCAGUGUGGGGUUUUUUGGCAUAGCAUGAACAAGGCUUUUCUGCUUUUUAUUCUGUGGUAAGCAUCGGCUGGGGAAAGACUAUGGGAACUUGGUUUUAUGCUUGCUGGAGAUGAGUGUGUCUAUAUAUGCUUAUAUAUGUCUUGUCUGAAACGCUUACGUGGUUGUUACAUAUUUGCAUCAGUGUUUGUGAAGUGGUUCAUAAAAGUUGAUCUUAAUUGGAGGUGGGUCUUUAGGUACUCUUUCUUCUCCAUCAAUUUUAAAAUCAUCCAGUGAGAAUUCCACUUGAGGUUUAGCUUGCCUGCCAGAGGACACACCUGGAGUAUUGCAUCCUAGAAACCUCGGAGACCCCUGUUUCCAUUUGACAGAACCAAAGAACUGCUUGAAAAACUGACAUUGGGUGUACAAAUUAAGCAUAUUAUCUAUACCAUAUAUAUGCACGCAUACAUAUACUUACAUAUAGCAUGUAUAUAUGUGUGUGCUUGCUCUUGCAUUUCCUAUUUUCAGCAGGCCCAAGAACACCCACGGCGGUGAAUACUCUUCUUCCCUCCCUGCAGCUAACCCUAAUCCCAAGCGCCAUUUUAACUUGAAAAAAUCACAGAGAUGGUAAAGGAAGCCAGUUCUUCACAACAGCCUCAUCUGAGUGGGCCAAAAGUCUCUCACAAACACAAAAAAUAUUUCAGAAAUAAGUAGGGCACAGCUACAUCUCUCAAAAAAUAACUGUUCCUGAUAGGCACUGAGGGGAAGAUAUUUCCAAACAUUAGUUUCAGAUCUCCAUAAAUUGCGUGAUGUUUAUAAACUGGAGCUGAGUACAGGGCUUUGCUUAGUAAAAACUGAUGUGUUAUUUUUAUUAUAAUAAAGGGAUUAUAAAUAUUUUGGUUUUUUUAACAGCUAAUGAUCAAAGAUUUUUUGACUUUUUUUGUCAUUGCUUGGUUUCUCCUUUAACAAGGUAGGACAGUCAACCACACUAAAACCAACAUGCUAAAUUCUUUCUGAAGAUAAUUUGUUACCUGAUAAUCUGACUUGAGAUCCAUUGCCUUAGAAUGGAACAAGUGGUUUUCCUAGAUAAAGCCCUUUCAACAGUCUCCAAUAAUAUGGUUCCUAUGUAUUUAUGCCCACAUAUGUGUAACAGCACAAGUAAAUCCAAACAAUUCAGGGAGUUUUUUUUUUUUAAACCAACAAGUACAGUUGGAUGUACACAAUUAAAAUUGAGAGACACUUUGAUCUAGUCACUGGGCUCUUUUCAUUCAUUAGACAUUCUUUUGUACCCAGGAGGUGUACAUGGAUCAGUAUCUUCAGCAUGCACAUUAAUAAUGUCAUAGACAACUCUUACAUUUGAAUUUGGUGUUCUUGUAGCUCCUGGAAGAGCACUUACAGUCCACAAAAUAGACUCAUGGUUCCAGCUUUCCCCAGAAGUCCCAUUCAUUGCAUUUGUUACUUGAAAAAGUUAAUUUAUUCAUAUCUGAGUUUGCCAGUACUCCAUAAAGCUAAGGCUUUGCUCCUGGAGAUUUAACAUACUAGGGCAUUAAAAGACAUCUUCCUUAUUAAAAUACCACUUCCUGCAGUUAAAAAUGCAUUACAGAACUCACCGCAUAGCUGCAGUCUUUUACAGCACUGGUGAUUUAGAAGGGUAACCACCAUUGUCUCCCUCUUCUCUGGAUCAUGGAUUGCUGGCACAGUUCAGCUACUUUUUUCUCUACAUAAACAUACUGGUUACUGUCUGUUUCAGCAGCUUAAAAUGGCUUAUUUUUAGUCUUUCAGACUGGAAGUGGAUUCUCACUGUCAAAAAGAAAAUGCUGAGUCAAUCCUUUUUUGCUUCUUUUGGCAACUAUCAAUUGUUACUGAUUCUUAAAGCAGAUCUAGCACAUUUUAGAAAUUACUGUUAACUGGUUAUUUCUUGAGUGACAGCAAAUGUAGUAGUCCUCCUUCCAUGGAUUACCCAGUGUGCUGAAUAUGCUGGUAGAACACUUGUGGUUCUUUUGAGAAGAUCUACCUGCAUGUGAAGAGCCUGUAUCUUAUUCCAUGUAACAAAUAAUAAUUGUAUUAGAACAGCUUAUGUUGAACAAAUACUUUUAUUUACAAGAGCAUAUGUGACAGUUUUGAAAUAAAAAAAUGGAGCAAGUCUA